AUGGAAACUAAGCAGGCUAUAGCCAAUGAGAUGUUGAAGUGGCUCGACGAUAGUGGUGCCGAGAUACAUACACGACCUGGCUCGGAAAGACUGCCUGGACCGUUAGAAUGGAUCCUGAAAACGUCUCAGUUCCAGGACUGGUUAAGCGAUGGCCCUCAGACUCUGCUCCUGGUAGGGAGACCUGGUUCGGGAAAAACGACAGCCGCCUCUCUGAUCGUGGACACACUUUUACGCCAAAACAAACCCGCGCAUACGAUUGGCGUUGCAUUCCUCCAUGUUGGGGUCGGCGAAGAUAAACGUAACGCGAUGCAAUUGUCGCGGAGUUUGCUGUAUCAGCUAGGACAACAACGCGCCUCGUCGUCCAUGAGUACUCUAGACCCGAGACGCAUGGAAUUUGUGUUAGACUCUCUUCGCGAGAAAUCUCCAUAUUCUAACAUGGACGAUAUGGUGUCGCGGAUACUCCCCCACAUCGUCGGCAAGUUUGAAAGGGUAUACGUCGUGGUCGACGAGCUAGACCAGAUGACUGAACGUCGAGACCCACUGUGCUCAAGCCUUAUCAGCCUGGCAGAGAAGGACUUUAGGCUAUUAUUCACAACCUGCCACAGUCCGGACGCGGAUGAUAGGCUCCGUGGCGCUCUGCAAAUACAUAUCCGUGGCGCAACUGUUGAAGGAGACUUGGAUACUUACGUGACGCAAAGAUUGGUUGAUCUGCCUAGCUUUGCCCAAAACAGACUAAAAAUGCAAGAUUUUGUGAAAGAACGGGUUAUUGAAGACGCAAACGGGCUGAUUUUCGCUGCAAAACUUCUGAUGGACGGACUCAUGAAUAUAAGAGGUGCAAGAAUAAAAUCCAAGCUGGAAUCAUCGACUGAGGAUCUCCUGGAACCGCUUUACAAAAGGUUUAUAAUGAGAAUUCACGAGCUCGAUGAAGCAGAUCAGAGCUUUGCUAAGGAGACUUUAGCGUGGCUUCUCCUUGUGAAGAGGCCUAUGCGAGAAGCUGAAAUGCGACACAUCCUUCGAAGAGAAGAUGAAGCCUCGACAUUGAACCCAGAUGAUGCGCCUAACCAUGAGCACUUUCUGGGGUUGUGCAUGGAUUUCAAUAUUCUACCCUAUACGAAAAGCAGCAGUUGCUUUGGCAUACUCCAACCAGCUUCAGAUUAUCUCCUAAGAACCUUGGAUGUGUGGUGCCCAAACGCCAAGACCAUUAUUGCCACACGCUGCUUACAGUAUCUUUUAUUGGAUGAGUUCGCCAAGGGUCCUUGCAAAACGGAUGCUGAUUUCAAGUCGAGAUUGGAAGAGUUCCCGUUGUACGAGUACACGGCGCGGCACUGGGCAGAUCACCUCCAAGGCCUGCAAGAUUUGCCAACAGUACUCAUCCACUUAUUCCUGACCGACUACAGCAAAGUAGCUUCAGCAAGCCAGGCCAUGUCAGUAUCAGAUCAGAAGUCCUCGCAGCCAGGAUAUAGCCUAAGAUUCGAGCUCCCUGGAAGCGGCUUCCAUCUCGCAGCAAGAUUAGGAUUGACUUCUGUUCUAACUUGUUUACUUGGGGAAAAGCAAAUGCUCGCUAAAAUAGAUGCAGAAGGACGGACUCCGUUGUGGUGCGCCACCGAGAACGACCGACAAGAGACCAUGAAGCUAUUGAGUCGUGUGGAUCGAAAAACGUUCACUCUGCUACUGGAUAAGGCACAGAUCCCACUGGCCCAUGCUCUCAUUCGAGCUGCGGGCACGGACAUUAGAGAUUUGAGGUCAAACACUGCUUUACACAUCGGUGUCAUUCGUAAUGAUCUGGAUAUAAUGCGACUUUCGCUCGAGUCGGGUAUCGACAUCCAUGCAAAAGAUUUGAAUGGCCGCUCGGCCAUUCAGUUAGCUAUUCGGCGUGGCCUAAGCGACGCUGUAGAUCUGUUACUGGAUUUCUCGGCGAGUACAGCACACAUCUCCGCAGAUUCCUGGCUGCUAGCAUUCCGUAAAUGGGAUGAUUCGAAAUAUCCCCAGCCUCGUGAUUAUAUAAUACAGCUUGUGGAAAAAGACCUCGAGAAAAAAAGCGUUUCUUUUCUUCCGAUGAAAACCUUCAAGCUGGUUGAUCACCCGAUAUCGGACACUACGAGACGAUUGCUAAUAUAUCCCGACUCUGAACAGGGGCCUCGACGUGAAAGCAAUCGGCCUGCAGCACACUCAGGAAACUCCAUGUUCCGAAUAAUCCAGUUCUCUCACGCUGCAUUGCCUCGAGAUCACCAGGGACCACACUUUUUAGUCGAGGCCGCUGCGCCUUCACAAGAUCUAUCGGGAAGAGAUAUGUUAUUCAGAAGAACGUGGAAAACGCUUAAAAUCAGUUGGAGCAUAGAGAUACGUCCGGAUCCAAGUGGCAAUGAUCGUUGGGUCAGCAUCGACCACGGCAGUACGCUCCGGAAUGGUUCGAUGCCAAGUAGUGGAAUGGCGCUUCUCGACGAUCUCGUGAUCGAGCUGACAUCGGAUUGGUUGGAAUUUUGUAAUCGUAUCGAUCACCAUCUCCUGCAAUGUAUCAGAGCUGCUCGAGACUUCUGCAAAGAAUACCAAGAUCAUGCCUAUGAAGAUAAGGUUUCUGGCGUGGUUGCCAGUACUAUCGACAGAUUCGCAAGCAUUGUAGAAUCUCGAUUUGACAAGUUCGAUGCAGACUCAUCUGCGCUUAUCCAACUGGAGUUCAACUUGACAUCCAUCAGAGAAGCACAGAAAUCCACUUCACUCAACAUAAGCAUGAAGCGUCUUAGCUGGAUUACAUUCAUCUUCCUUCCUCUUGUAUUCGUCUCGGGCCUGUUUGGCAUGAAUGUCGACAUUCUCGAAAAUAAUCCACCAUGGUGGUGGUACUUAGUAUUCAUGUUCGUUACGCUGAGUCUAACAAUGUUCGUAUGGAUUAUCUUCAGGAAAUUCCCUCACUUGGAAGAUAAAGUGGAUACUAGGUUCUCCUGGCUUAAGCCACGGACAGUGGAUAGGCAGAGCGAAGACGUCGAGUCGGUUUCGUUUUUCCAGCUGAAGAAGAAGGUCAACUGA